AUGCUCUUUUCUUAUGCAGUGCUGAAGAAACGACUCGUGAAGCUUGUGGUCAACUUUCUCUUCUACUUCCGAACAGAUGAAGCAGAGCCAAUUGGAGCUUUGCUGUUGGAACAUUGUAAAAUCACCAAAGAAGAGGAGAAUGUCUUUUCAAUCAGUUUCAUUGAGGAGCCGGACAGGAAAUACUCCUUUGAAUGUGACACCGAGGAGCAAUGUCAGGAGUGGAUUGAGGCUCUCCGAAGAGCCAGCUACGAGUUCAUGAGAAGAAGUUUGAUCUUCUAUCGGAAUGAGAUUCAGAAGAUGACAGGGAAGGACCCCCUGGAGCAGUACGGAAUCUCCGAGGAAGCCCGAUUCCAGCUGGGAACACGCAAGCUCUAACUGGCAGCCUCCGCCCCCACCCACCCCCAGUGGGCUUAACUGGCAUUCAGCCACCUCCUUGCCGUGGGUGGUGAAAACACCACCCCCAGCCAGGGGGAGCGCCUGGGACCAAGUGACUUAUGGGCCAGAUAAUUUGUACUUUUAUUUUUAAUGAAUUCAUUGCACACUCCCCUUCCUGUUUGUCUUCAGCCCCUCGGAGCUCCCAUCUCCCUGCUGGGUUGUGGAAGCAGCAAGUCUUAACUGGCCACUGCCGUGUCAGCUUUAACUUGAUUGACCAUAAAACUGCUAGGCUGAGGGACAGAUGGGCUGCCCACUCCUCGGGCUGCUGAGAGCCCUCCUCAGGAGUUCCAGGGGAUUUCAGCUAUGAUGCUGAUGUGGAAACAAGGCUGGAGGUGCCCUGGUGGGAGCGGCCCAGUGGUCUUCCAGCAUGUGGUGCUAUUGUAAGGCAGGGAUGAUCUGGUGUAGAGGGCCAGCUGGCGCUUAGUGCCAGUGUGUUUUAUGCCAAAAAUGUGCCAGUAGUGGCAGCAUUUCUGCUGGGAAUGGCCUCAGGACUCUCCAGGUGGCCUGCUGCACCCCCUGAUGGCUGCUGUUUGGCACCUGGGUGCUCAGAUGCUCUGCUGGCUUUUGGAAAGUUGGCUAAUUUCAAAGGGGGGAGGAGGGUCUUACUUUAAGGGGGUGUUUUUUGGCUGAUCGGAUUCCUUUGCUUACAGUGGUAGGGUCCAUGGCCUUGAAAUGCCAGACCCUCGCCCCUCUCUCUCACUAACGGUCAGGCCCACUCCAGCUGCUAGAUCUGCACUGCACACUGUUCAGCUCCAGAAGACGCAGAGAGCAGCUGUGUCAGGGAGGGGAAGCCCUCAUCUGUUAUGGAGGGCUGCCCCCAAAUGGAGGGAGGAGGAGGAACUGGCCCUUACUCUAAGCAGGAUUAAUUUGUCAUGUUACUGCAUGGUAGCUGCUGGUGCUCCAGCUGACACAGUGGCUGUGUCUUCAUUUCCUUACAUGUACACACAGCAGCAGUGAUUGCUGCAGCAACUGCACAGGCUUACUGGGGCCUGUCUCAGCUCAACACUCUCACCAGGGUCUAAUUUUGAACUAAUGCAAAUUAAUCCAGCUACCAGGAGCCACCCUACAGCAUCUUAAAAUGCAGGUCUAACUUCCUGCACAGGGAUUGGAGUGUGGCUUUCUCACCAGGGCCCAGGAGUGAGCAAGGCAAGGAUUUGAAAGACACCUGCAGUGAGGCAGUCUAAACCACAUGCCUCUCCCUGACCUUCAGAGCAAGCUGUGGUUCCCAGUGGCAUUGUUCCCUUGUCUAGGAGUGCUGUACUGCCAUUGGCUUCCCAGAGCAGGCAGCCUGCUGUCAGGCUAGAAAAAGCAGCUGGGUGGAUGCUGCUGUAGUCAGCGUGAGGGGUAGGACCACAUCCUGUCUAUACUGAGCUGGGAGACCGGGUCCCACAACAUGAAUAGCUGUGCAGGAUGGCUUCAGGCUUUACUCAACAUACAAGAUGCCUCAUUUGUUUCUGCAGCUUCCCUCAUCCUCUGCAGCUUGAGUAGAAAAGACCAAAGCAAUCCAGUGAUUUUCUAGAGAGGGCUGGGAGACCUGCCCUACUUUUCUCGUAAGGUACUUCUCUCCAAAGCAGCCCCAAGGGGAGGCCUUAGCUGCAGGCAGCCUUCUCCUUGAUGGCUUUAGUCAGCAGGGACCAGCAUUUUCCCCCUAGCACGUCUGCAGAGAUUGGCUUUUGGAUGGAAGCAAAGGGCCACCUCCUUUAACUGCUGUAAGACUGCCAGCAGUGAAGUUGCAGCCAGGCACGAGUGGUGUGGCAGGGCGACUGGCUAUGGCUAUGUGGCUUGGCCUCUGGCCAGCCUUGAACCCACCCGCUAAACAGUACAGAGUCUGUUUGCACAAACCAACACUAGUGCACAGGGACAAACCUUGAAGCUACGAGGCAGCUUUCUACUGCAGGAUGCAAUUGCAUCAGGCAUGUAGCACUGUUACUUAGACUCCCAAGGAGGAAAUAAUUCAGGUUUAGAACAUUAGCAGAGGCUCAUUGUUUUAGUACAAGACAUCAGCUGCAACAUUUUAAUAUCUCCACUAGAGGUGCGAUAUAGGGGCCUUACCCACUUCUUCACCAGGACCAGCGUGUUCGAUGGAGGCUGUUGCUAGUAGCUUCGACAUGCAGCUCUAGGACUCAGCGGACAAGCCCUGUACAGUGUGGGAAAGAGGCCGUAGUACACUCAUUUACCUGAGCUUUUGUCCUGUCUGCAUGGAAUGCUAUUAGAGCAGCUUGGGCAAUUGCUGGAAGCUGUAACUCAGCUUGGUGACUCAUUAUGGCUGCUCAGGGGUGAAUGGCUGGCUGGAAAGAGGCUCUGGAACCCCAUGGAAGCAGCAAUAGAGGAUUAAGCAAGAGCACAUUAGAGAAUGACCUCAGUUGCCCCUAUACUGUGAUCUCAAGCAGUCCUCUUGGCCUUUGCUCUUGCCCUGAGGUAGAGCAGAACGGUGCUCCACAUUUUUGGUACUGAGCACAGCCCUCCCCUCUGAGGUUAGUUCAGAUAUGGCUCUUGCUAGCUAGGGACUGCUAAAGUGUCCACGGUUACUAUAGCAGUUGUCCUUUGGGCAAAGACUAACUGCAGCAACACUUUCACAUAAGCUGAUGCAAAGGCUCUGUAUCAACUGACCUAUGAAAUGGUGUUUAAGAGGCUGCUUUGAACUGUUGCAACGGUUGCACUCCUGUCCCCACUGCAUCAGCAGCUGGAGAGCAAGAAUUUUAUUCCCAGGGUCUCAUCUCCUGUAAGUCAGCUAAAACAAUGCAGCCUAAGCCAGGAGCAGGCUUUUUAUUAACUCCGUAACAUUGGUACAUCACAUUAGGGAAGCUGGAGCUUUUUUUAAAAUAGGAGAAAGCUGAGAAAUGCAGUAGUUUCAUACAGAAUAAACCAGAUCUAACUUAUGGAAAGAUUACACCCAAUAUUUCUCUCUCUCUCAUGUUCGAACUCUGUUUGAUUGUUCAGCCAGCUUGCUUUUGUGAACUUGCCUUUAGAAUCAGCGUUGCUUGGUCCACUGGCUGACUCAGUUGUGUUUGUUUUACCAGACUGUCUCAGUGCCUCUCAACUUGCUUGAGAAAUCUUUGCUGUUUAAAAUUCUAGCAGGUGGCCAUUUGAACAUAGCUCAUGUCAGCCAAGAUUUCAGAACUGGAGCAUUGGUCACUAUUGUUGCAGGUUACUUAGAACAGUCAAACUACUGUAUAAAUAUUCCCUCUUCUGCCUUCCCUGUACAAAAACACUAGCUUUUUCUUGUUACCCUUUCAAAGGGCAGACCUUAAGCUUACGGUUAUCAUUGCACACUGUAUAGAAAUGGGCAUUUUGUUGGAGGGGGUGUACAUUAGGUGAGCAAGAAACAGCUCCAGCUAUUUGCUUAGAUUAGGAGGUACGUAAAUUUCACUUUCGUUACUUAAUUGAAUGUAUAAGAACAGAUGCUGUGAAUAGUUAUCUGAGCAUGGGUGGUGCCCAGUAACUCACUAGACCUAGCUUUGCAUUUCAGGAUUAAGGGGGAACAGUUUUAGGAAUCUGUUAUCACUGGUCAUCUAUAUACAAAAGUUUAUCUGUUCAGGUUCUUUUUUCUUGUUGGUGGUUAGUUGCUCUAACAAAAGCAUUAUCGACUGAUGCUGUUCAUAGGUUGUACAAUCAAUAUUCUAAAUAAACACCACCUUUAAUUGUUUUAA